GUGUAGUUCGUAAUGGCCAAACCAUUCAUGCUGCCCGAAUCCGGCCCAGGCGGAGGAUCAUCUUCGUCUGGCGCGGGUCCACCCAAUAACGCGCCUUCCAGCACCAACACAGUGGCUGGCAAUACUGCUCCGAGCACGCCCGCACCGAUCGGAUCGAGCAGUGCGGCCAGUGCCAGCGGUCAUUCAGGAGCACCCGGGCAUGUACCGUCAGCUCCGAUCCCAGUGACCGGGGCCAACUCGUCCCAGCAGUAUCAUCUGCAGCAGCUGCACCAUCACCAUCAGCAACUGCAGCAACACUACCAAUCGUAUCAGGGAUCUCAUAUGCCCCUGAUGGGCACUCCAGGGCCUGGCAUCGGUGGUAGCCUACCGGUGGAUCCUCAUCUGAUGCUGCCAAUGACACCGCCGGCCAGCGGGUUUGCGACCGCCAUCCAGACGCCGCAGAUGGCACCGGUGAAUGAGCAGCUGGUGCAGGCCUUGUACGAGGCUAUCUAUCGCUGUUCGUUGGGAGAUGGUCCACCUACACCGCUGUCCCAAUCACCGCCAAGCGCUUCCUGCAGUCCGUUUACUAACGGAGGCUACUACGGUGCGGGGCAGGUAUUCUUCCCAAGGACUCCUGCGAACACCACCGGUGGCCGUAACGCUGCACGUGUGUUCUUCCAGCAGACCCCGACCCAACAGUACGCUCCGGUGCCACAAACGCAGCCCACACCUGGGUCAGCAAACAGCCAUUCCAGUAGCAGCGGUGUUAGCAGCUCUCUUGAUACGCCGUCCUGUUCGUCCGGCACACCGCACUACCACCAAGGUCAGCGGCAGCCGAUCCAGUUUAACUGGCACGAUGAUGGAGAUUCGAGCGAAUCAGAAGGAUCUUCAUCGCAGACCACCUCCUCUUCCGGAUGCAGUCCGCACUGUUUGGGAAGCAUGGACGGUGGGGCGAGCAGCUCGUUCAGCAUGCCACCAUCGGCUAACCUGGUCAGUCCGUCCUCGUCCGGCGGUACGCUGUACGCUUCCGUGCCACCACAUCUCGACUACAUGGCAGGGCGUGAGCAGUUGCAGGAGUUCCCGGGCAAGAUACCGCAGCGUAAGCGGAAACCACGCACACCAAAGCCGAAGAAAGCGGGACUCCUGGAGCAACCCCUGAUGUGGCAAAUGGCUGUUACCGCGGCGGCGCUUAUUGUACUCGGCUGCGGCUAUCUUGCGGCAAGGUGA